UGCGACGGAAGUAGUUCAUGUUGGUCUUCCUGCAGUCCAACGUGUUUCAGAAACAUUCACGUGUUUUUCGUGGCUGUAGUAACGGAGUACAGAUUCUUCAUACUAAAUUAGCACUUUUUAUUCCGACAGAUCGGGAUAAAUUAAGAAAACCAGUAGAGGUGCUAUUUGAGUAAAGCUGUGGAGGAGCAGUCAUGGGGCGGAAGUUUGAUCCCACCACCAAGGUGAAGCGUGGACCUGGACGCAAAGCCAGGAAACAGAAAGGAGCGGAGACCGAGCUGGCCAAGAUUUUGGUGGACGAGGAUGAGCCUAAAAAGCUGUCUAGCAGAGCCAGAAAACGUGCUGUGAAGAGAGCGCAGGGUGCCACUGCUCACAAGGAAGAAAAACAGCCCAAGAAAGGAUUCUCUGAUGACAACAGCAAAUGGCUGACACCAGCCACACGAAAGCGCAAAAUUGACCAUUCAGAAGGGGAUGAAGACAGCGACAGCCAGUGGGAGGAAGAGGAAGAGGAUGGUGAUGAAGUAGAGGAUAUAGAGCAAGGAGAAAAAGAACAACUCGAGGCUGAUGAUGAUGAUGAUGAUGACGAAAUGGUCGAUGACUAUGGAGCGAUGGAAGAGAGCAGUGAAGGAGCAGGAGAGGAGGAGGAGGAGGAGGAGGAGGAGGCAGGCAGUGAUGGAGAGGAGCUGCUACCUAUUGAGCGAGCCGCGAGGAAACAGAAGAAACGUCAGAAAGUUGCAGCACAGGAGAGUGAAGAUGAGGAUGAUGAUGACGAUGAUGAGGAGGAGGAGGAAGAAGAUGAAAAAAUGGAUGAUGAGGAGGAGGAGGAAGAAGAGGACACAGUGCAGGCGAAUAUUGACCACAUAGAUGGGUUUAAACUGCCUAGCGCAAAGGAGAGAGAGAAAGAGGGACUUUUGCCUCUAGACCUGCAGAGUGUCCACCAGCGGAUCAAAGACAACGUGGAUGUGCUCUCCAACUUCAAUGAGAAGAGAGAGGAGGGGAGAGAGCGAGCAGAGUAUCUCUCACUGCUCAAGUCAGACCUCUGCACCUACUACAGCUACAACGACUUCCUCAUGGGCAAUCUCAUGGAGCUGUUUCCACUCUCUGAGCUGAUAGAUUUCCUGGAGGCCAAUGAAGUUCAGAGGCCUGUCACCAUUAGGACCAAUACCCUUAAAACCAGGAGGAGAGACUUGGCUCAGGCUCUGAUCAAUAGGGGUGUAAAUCUGGAUCCUUUGGGGAAGUGGUCUAAAGUGGGCCUGGUCAUCUUUGAUUCCUCAGUUCCUAUAGGUGCAACUCCUGAGUAUCUUGCUGGACACUACAUGCUGCAGGGAGCUUCAUCACUGCUACCUGUAAUGGCACUCUCUCCCCAGGAGGGGGAGACUGUGCUGGACAUGAGUGCGGCUCCUGGGGGAAAGACCACAUAUAUGGCCCAGCUGAUGAGAAACACAGGAGUGAUAGUUGCUAACGAUGCCAGUGCUGAAAGGCUGAAAAGUGUUGUGGGAAACCUCCAUCGCCUGGGAGUCACCAACACCAUCAUCUGUAACUAUGACGGCAGACAGUUUCCCAAGGUGAUGGGAGGUUUUGACAGAGUGUUGCUAGAUGCUCCUUGCUCAGGUACAGGGGUAAUCUCCAAAGAUCCAGCAGUGAAAACUAGCAAGGACAGUUCCGAUAUUCUGCGUUCAGCUCAUCUACAGAAAGAGCUGAUUCUGGCUGCCAUUGACUCAGUCAACGCUGACUCACAGACUGGUGGCUAUCUCGUCUACUGCACCUGCUCCAUUACGGUGGAAGAGAACGAGUGGGUUGUGGAUUAUGCCCUAAAGAAGAGAAAUGUAAAACUAGUUCCCACAGGAUUGGACUUUGGCAAAGAAGGCUUUACCAGAUUUAAAGAGCGACGUUUCCAUCCUUCACUUAAGCUGUCACGGAGGUUCUACCCACAUUCCCAUAACAUGGAUGGCUUCUUUGUGGCAAAGCUGAAGAAGUUCUCUAACACCAUCCCCACCGCACCUGCAGAAGAGAACGAAGAAGCCAGCACACCAGAAACACCUGCUACAUCAGAGGAAAAAAACUCAAAACCAGAGUCUAAGCAACAGAGCAAAGGUACACAGGGAAAAGACAAAGAGACAAAGCAACAAUCAAAAGCCACUAGCAACAGCAAUACCAGAAGCCCCACGGCCAAGAAAAAACCCGUUGUAAAAGGUAAAAAAUUAAAGGAUGAAGGUCCCAAAAAGAAAAUGGCAAAAAUGGAUGAACAGGAAUCAAAGAAAGGGAAGACCAAAGAAAAGCUCAAAGUCCUGAAAGUGGACAAAGACGUAACAAAUGAGUCUGUGACUGAAAAAGCAGAGGGAACCUUGCUUAAAAAGAAGACAAAUAAAAAGAAUCAGAAGAAUCUUUUUAAAAAAAGGACAAAUAAAAUGGGGAAAAACACAUUUAAGAAGUUGAAAAAUGUGCAGAAGCAAAAGCAGGCUGGACAGUAGAACGGAGCUUUUAUAAUGAAACAAGAAAACUUUCUUAAGACAUUGUGCAGAACUGUGGACUUUAAAAAGACUUUGUCUUCUACGAUGUUCUAGACCCUGGAAUUUUAUUUGUAUUUCUCUCAAAAUCAAGCAAAGUAUAUUGUACAC